UGAUGCCAGUUGCCUGUUAUUCGUGAAGAUUAAAACGGAAUCAUUGAAGGGAUUUCACUAACAAAAUGUAUUCUUGUUCGAGAUCUUUUUAUAUGGCAAAUUUUCUCUCAAGCUUUGCUUUUAUCCCAUUUUAAUAGUUAUUAUUAUCAACAAAUUGUCAUGGAACGUAAUGAGACAAUUUUAAUUAGACUAGGCUGUCGUCGACUUGAUUUUUCUGAUAUUCUACGACUUAUUCGAACAUUGUACACACAAAAUGAACAAGAACAUUCGGCAAAAACAACAAGUAUCGAACAGAGAGUGACAUCAAUGGCUGAAUUGAAAAAAAUGAAAAUCAUUCCAUUACGACAACAAACACGAUUGGUAUCUGUCGAAGAAUUUGAUCAACGAGCGAUUCUAUUUCCAUUCGACAAAACAAUUCGAUAUGAAAAACAUCUUAAAAUUGUUCUCGAAGAUUAG